GGUUCGAUUUGGGGCCUGUGGAAUUCGUGCUUCCAGGGGACAGCCGGGGGAGAUACUGAGUGGGCAUGUGGCAUGGGGAGACUCAGGCCAGGGUGUGUGGUGAGGGAGCAUUCAGCACCUGUGGAAGCAUCUGGAGCUUGGGAGAGGAUAGGGUCUCUCAGUAGGACUGAGGCCAGAGGCAGGACACGGGGACGGUGUUUGUCCAUGUGUGUUUACGUGGGCCUGAGUCUCUGUGGUCUGGGUGUGUGCACUCCCCCCUCUGGGUCAUGAGUUCCCGCAUCUCCUGGAAGAGCCUGCAGGUCAGGUGGGAGCCGGUUGUUUUUGUUUGUGGUUUGACCCUGAGGGGAGGGAGGCGUGCCAAGACCUAGAAACUAGAAGAAACUAGAAGCCCCCGGAAGCACCUGUGUGUCCUGCUCCCUAGGGUGCGGGGUGGGGGACUGGCAAGGGACGGGAGGCUGUCCCUGGACGAAUAUUCCCCAGCUAGUCGGUUUUCAGCACACCCUGGAGGAUACAGGCUGGGAGCUUCAUGGGGGACUUGGGAAAGGAGUGUUUAGAAAGGACACCUGAGUAGGAGAAAGACCGGGACACCCUUCUGGUUGGUUUUUCCUGUUCUUUGUCAUUUCCUGUGAUGGCAGGAGGGGGGAGGGGCUCCCCAGCACCAAGGCUUCUGUUUGCUUUGUUUCCCCUUCCUCCUGGUGACCACCCAGACGCUCCGCCAGCCUGUGUGUGGCAGGACAAGCAGAGACAAGGUAGCCCUUAGUAUUGCAUCCUUUGGGGAUGGCUCAAUUCUUAUUCUGUCCCCUCCACUUGAAUGAGGCCAGCCAGGCCGUGGGAAUCUCCCUAAACUGGUUGUAUUUCCACUGAGGUCUGAGACCCUCAAAGGGGUGAUGCUGCGCUGGGUUUUUGGGAGCCCCAAACCACAAAGCUAUAGACAGGAGAGACGUGGAAGUUCAUCUUGGAUGGUCAGUUUCACUGGAAGCAUUUUUACCAGGAAAAAAUAAUUUCAUAAGCAAGUUAAUUCAAACAGUUAAUUAGAUAUUGGAAUAAAAGGCAACAGUGUAUGUGAAUUUGUAGAUCAAACAGGAGACUCUGAAGAGCCCUAAAGCCUGAGCACCUCAGGUUCACAUAAUCAGGCCUAGAGGCAGGGGACUUCUCUCCUGCUGGGGUGGGGAUUUCUGAGGGAAAGUCUGAGAAGCUCCAUCCCAGAGGGCAGGGGAGGAGCUCAGGAAAGUCCUGACUCUGGGAAUUGGGCUCUAGCCCUGCGGUCGUCAUGGCCAGUCCGUUUCCCAGAGUGUCCUGGUCCGCGGACUGGGGACUGGGGAGCGAGAGCCCGCGGCUGCCUGUGUGCGCAAGGCGGCGUGUCUGUGGGUGUGCUGGGGGGGAGGGGGGUGCAGAGGCGCUGUAAGAGGGCAGAGACCAUAGGCGCGGACGGCCUCACACACACAAAGGCACACAGAUGCGAGCGGGUGUGAAUCACCCAGCCAGUGAGUCAGCCCCCAGGAUUCCUGUUGGGGAAUGAGCGAGCGAGGCCGGGCCGAGAUCUGUCAGUCCAUCUGCCUGUCUGCCUGCCUCCUGCCCUGGCUGGCCACCUGUGUGUGUGCCUGUAGGUGGGUUGUUGGAGGCAGUGGGGAAGGGGCCUGGCGGUUUCCUGGGGAGGCUUUGGGGCAGAGGUAGCAGUGGUCUGAAAAUACCAGAACGUGGGUUUGCACACUGGUUUGGAGGGAGGGAGGUGCUGUGUCUUGCGCAAAGAAGCCUCCUGGAGGCCAUGCCCCCUCCACGGAGAGCACGGCAGGCGGGUGUUGGAGGGCCCAGGGGCGGGUCUGUGACACCUUGGAAGGGAACGGGGAUGAAUGCACCCACCUUCUGCCCUCAGUCAGGGCCUGCUGCUGCUGGCCUGCCACCUAGAGCCCUCUCGUUUCUCUUCCAGGCUGUCUGUCCCCACACCUGAGAGGGCCCUCCACGCCACCAUGACCGGGCUGCUGAAGAGGAAAUUUGACCAGCUGGAUGACGAUGACUCCUCGUUCUCUUCCUCCUCUGGCUGCCACUCUCGCUCCUGCUCCCCGAGCUCCUCAGCCUCCCCUGCCUGGGACUCGGACGAGGAGCACCCCUGGGAUCAGAAGCCCCUGCCUGGCCGUGACUUCUUUGGUCCCCGAGAUUUCACCCCCCUGCCCAUCCUGAAGCGAGCUCCCCGGAAGCGCCCAGGCCGCAUUGCCUUCGAUGGCGUCACCGUCUUCUAUUUCCCUCGGUGCCAGGGCUUCACCAGUGUGCCCAGCCGUGGUGGCUGCACUCUGGGCAUGGCCCCACACCACAGUGCCUGCCGCCGCUUCUCCUUGGCCGAGUUCACAAAGGAGCAGGCCCGGGCACGGCGAGAAAAGCUCCGCCUGCGCUUAAAGGAGGAGAAGCUGGAGGCAUUGAGAUGGAAGCUCUCAGUAGCCGGGGUGCCCGAAGCAGAGGCAGGCCAGCCGCUCACAGUGGAUGCCAUCGAUGACGCCUCUGUGGAGGAGGACUUGGCUGUGGCCAUGGCUGCCGGCCAAUUGGGGGAAGGAACCUUCCUCCAGCCCUACCCAGCCCGGCAACGGCGGGCUCUGCUGCGAGCUGCAGGAGUGCGAAGGGUGGAUCGUGAGGAGAAGCGGGAGCUGCAGGCGCUGCGCCGGUCCCGUGAAGAUUGUGGCUGUCGCUGCGACAAGGUCUGUGAUCCCGAGACCUGCAGCUGCAGCCUGGCAGGCAUCAAGUGCCAGAUGGAUCACACGGCAUUCCCCUGUGGUUGCUGCAGGGACGGCUGUGAGAACCCCAAGGGCCGUGUGGAAUUUAAUCAGGCUCGUGUUCAGACCCAUUUCAUCCACACACUUACCCGCCUGCAGCUGGAGCAGGGGGCGGAGAGCCUUGUGGAGCUGGAGGUCCCUGCCCAAGGCAGCCCACCCAGCCCCGGUGAACGGGCCCUGGCCCCCACUUUCCCACUGGCCAAGCCCCCCAUAGCCAGCGAACUGGGAGACAACAGCUGCAGCAGUGACAUGACUGAUUCCUCCAUGGCAUCCUCCUCGGCAUCGGGCACUAGCGAAGUCCCCGGUGAUCCUGCCCACCCAGCCCUGCCUGGCCCUGGCUUCCAGCCUGGGGUGGAUGAUGACAGCCUGGCGCGGAUCCUGAGUUUCAGUGACUCUGACCUCGGAGGAGAGGAGGAGGAAGAGGAAGGGGGUGUGGGGAGUCUGGACAACCUCAGCUGCUUCCACCCAGCUGACAUCUUUGGUACUGGUGACCUGGGUGGCCUGACCAGCUGGACCCACAGCUAUUCUGGCUCUAGCCUCACGUCAGGCAUCCUGGAUGAAAAUGCCAACCUGGAUGCCAGCUGCUUCCUGAACGAUGGCCUGGAAGGGUCAAGAGAAAGUAGUCUCCCUGGCACCCUUGUGCCGCCCAGUGUGGAUGCUGGCCAGAGCAGCUCAGUGGACCCAAGCUUGUCUUCCUGCGACUCCUUUGAGCUGCUCCAGGCCCUGCCGGACUAUAGCCUGGGGCCCCUCUACACCUCCUGGAAGGCAUCUGACAACCUGGACAACCUUGAGACACCCCACUUCCCCUUGCCCAGCUUCUCUCCGUCUGGGGACAGCAGCCCUUGCUUCCUGGAGUCCCUCGUGGGCUUUGAGCCAGCUGCUGAGGCCCUAGCUCCCUUUAUCGACAGCCAGCUAUUUGAGGAUACCACCCCGGCCUCUCUGAUGGAACCUGUGCCCGUGUAAGGCCUAGGAUGCCUUUUCCUGGUCCCAGGAGCCCUGUUGCUGCUUUGUUUGUAAUUUGGGGGCUCCCUGGGGUCUAUAUGUAAACGGUCUCCCUUGGCUAGCUCAUGCACUAUGUCAUGGGCAACACUCUGAAUUUAUUUAUUUAUUUUUUUAACUCACUCUGCUGGUGAGAGGGCUGGGGCUGGGGGGCUUCCUUUUCCAGCCACCCUGUUCCCUGCACCCACACAGUGUUCUUCCGACCUCCACAGUGUGCGCCAGGGAGAGAAGAAACUGGUUCCCUUGGAGCUUUACAGACCCCUUUUUGGGCUUUGCAUCAUGUUUCUUAGCCCAAAGACAGCAAGAAAGGGCUGGAAUUGGCCACUUCUUUUGGCUACUUCCACUGCUCUGAGCCCUCGACUAAGGCUAAGUCCUCUGGACUGUGAAGACUGUAAUUUAUUUCUGUAAUUUAUUUGGAGACUGAGGCGGCUUUGGCCUCUGCUCUCUAGCUGGUGGGCAGCCUGGGGUUGGGGCAGGGCACAGACCUUUGUGAGUCCCUUUUGCCUUGCAGCUCUUUGGUGUAGACCAGGUAUGGAUUCGAGCCCUAGGAUGUACCGUGUCAGCUGCCUGGCCAGGGACAGAGUUUGGGCAGGGGGAGGGGCUGGGCUGACCAACCAUGACCAAAACCCCCUCCUGCCCUACCCAGCCCCCUCUGCUUCCUGCCCUUUGUCCCAUUCCCCUCCCCACCAAAGGCUACAGCCUUUAUUCCAGAUUCUGUGUAAGAGGGGAAAGCAGAAGGCCCAGAGAGGGCAAGGGGUUUGCCUCAGGGCACAAAGUAUGCCCCUCCUAUCUCAGGGCUUUCUGGGCACCAUGCUCCAGCCUGGUCCAGCUGCUCAUGCGCUGAGGCCAGUUGGCCAAGGGUGAGGGCUGGCUCCUUAGGGUUUUAAUGCCCUUCCUUUGCCAAUGCUGAGUUUUGCAUCAUCAUUUCUAUGUUGUCCCUGAGUGUUAGAACUAUAAUUUAUUCAUUUUUUUUUUUCUGUGUCUGUGCCAAGAAGUCCAGGCUCUGGGCCUGCCCUGUCACCUCUGCCCUUGUCCCCUUGCCCAGGAGGCCUUGGCAUCCUGUGUGCUUGUGGGGACACCUUGUAUCUGAGCUUACAGGUACCAGUAAAGAGGCUCUAUUUUUAA